GAGGUGGACUGCCAUGAGCUGCUAAGCCGUCCGUGAAAUGGUGGGGCACAUGGGCCUCGGCUUACGGUAGCUACCCCGGAACUGACUCCCCGGGGGAUUCUUUAACAGCCGCAAUGAUCCCUGGUUUCCCGCUGUAAGCGGUCCCGUGACAGCGCUCCCCCUGGGCGUUUUGUGCCCCACCGGUGACACGUCCAUGUUUAAUCUACGCGUUACAACACCUCUUGGUUCAACGACAUCAUUUUGGGGUUUGGAGGGCAUGCGCUUGGAUAUCCCGGUGGUCCUUUGAUUUAUUCAAAAGUUUACAGGCUUGGAAGACCAAGGAGCUCUCGACUGAAGCCAUGGAUGCCUUUGUGACCAGGCGGUCACAGAAACGCAAAACAAGCGACGAUUUUGCCGUGGAAUCGCAUGAAGAAUCGACAGACAUCAAACUGGCGAUUCUAGCUUCCCUUCAUCCUGAUAUCGAACAAGAAAUGCUUCUUGAUAUUCUUUUAGCGCACGACGGCGAUGUCCAGGCCACAUCCAACACCCUCAAAUCACCAUCUACCCCCCGAUCUGUCAAAAAGACUGCCAACAACAGAAUAGCAGGACAAACAUCCCUACGAGCCUUCGCUAUCGACCCAUCAUCCGGCGAGCCAUCCCCAAAGAAACCCAAAAUUCUCUCCAAAAAAGGCCAAACACUACACCUCUACGACCCGCAAGACAUAAGCGAGCACACCCCCUGCACCAUAAUUCACAACUUCCUCCCCGCCCACGAAGCCAACGAGCUUCUAUUCGAACUCCUGGAAGAGUCCAAAACAUUCCAAAAGGCAUCCUUCAAACUAUUUGACAACAUCGUCUCCAGCCCCCACACCUCGGGGUUUUACGUUGGCAGUCAGAAGGAACUGCAAGAGCAGAAGGAUGACUACCACUAUAACGGUGGCAGGAUCAGCGAUGUCCGCACCCUGACACCAAAACUAGAAGCUGUACGGGGGCGAGUGCAAGAGACAGUUAAUUCGGCAAUUGAAGAGCACAUUCGCACUCAUCACCGUGGUCAGAAGCCAAGACAUCAGCCUUCUGAGCCUUGGUGUGCGAAUGCAGCUUUUGUGAAUUGUUACAAUGGGCCGCAGGAGAGCGUUGGUUGGCACACCGACCAACUAACCUACCUCGGCCCCCGCCCCACAAUUGCAUCCCUUUCCCUAGGCGUAACCCGCGAGUUCCGCCUCCGUCGCAUAUCUUCUUUUCUGCCCUCUUCCACAUCUGACAAUCCUGAUCCAAACCUCCAAGGCCAAGUCUCGCUCCCCCUCCCCCACAACUCCUUGUUGAUCAUGCACUCCACCACCCAAGAGGAAUGGAAACACUCUGUGUCACCUUCCCCAACCCUAACCCCGCACCCUGUGUCGGGCAAUAUCAGGAUCAACAUCACCUACCGCCACUAUCGCUCUGCUUUUCACCCGAAGUAUACACCAAAGUGUCACUGCGGUGUGCCAGGGGUGUUGAGGGUGGUGACGAAUGACACCAAGCAAGCAAACGGUGAGAGGGAGAGGAAGGAGAAUCGGGGGAGGUAUUUCUACAUGUGCCACGCGGGUAACGUACCCGACCCUACCAAAAAGAAGUGUGGGUGGUUUUUGUGGGGCGAUUUCGACCAAGAUGGAAAUCCGAGGGUCUGAAUAUGGCCAAUCAGAGCAAGCCGGGGUGAUGUCCGCCAAGGGACCUCGGAUCACCAACUGCCAAUAUUUCAUGUGUGGGAGGAUCUUGACAAUCGACGAAUGAAAAAUGAGAGGGAGAGAUGCCCGGUUUCUUGUGUGACGGAUUCGAUAUUCGGUUUCGUAGAAGAACAAAACUGCGCCAAUCGGAGAUGGGGCCGGUCGGGGUGACACCCGUAGAGUUCCUAUUCU